AUGAGCGAGGUCAACACCAGUACAGAACUACUCAAAGACUCUAUAGGCGCAUCAACUGGCAUCUCAAUGCCCUUCAUGUCAAGGAGCGGGAAUUCAAUGACUACGAGCAACAAAGAGAUUGAUCAACAAGAUGAUAUUAGUAGUACAGAUAAUAUAAAGGAUGUGGAUGUGGAUGUGGAUGAUGAGGGCGAACAUAGACAUGCCGACUUAUCAAUGAAUAUGAAUAUACCUACUACUCCUGGAGAACUGAAGUUCUCUCCUGAUACCGCCACCGAGGAAUCACAAUCACAAACAGCUGUACAAUAUGGACCAAAUCCACUGACGAGAUCACAAUGCAAGAAGUCUGGCAAGCUCAAAUACCUCAAAUAUCUAUUCGAUGAGAACAAAUACCGACUGGACAUUGUCAACAACAGGCGAUUCUACCUUGCUGCACAAGUAAUCACAAGGGUUGGAUUCUUUUCAAAGUUCUUGUUGUACGCGACAUUGGGUAUCAUAUCUAUUGCAGCGGCUGUGGAUACGAAGAGACAACCACUUGGACCUGCCAGUGCCUUUGCAGAGUUGGAAGAGAUGUUCAGUGGCGGUGUGAUAUUCUUGCUGAUCAUUGGUCUAUGGUGCUAUGGAGCAAAUGGAAUAUUCUUUGUGGUCUUUGACAUUGAUCAACUAGGCAGAAAGACUGCUGGCGCAAUCCUCAAGCGAUUCGGUCGUGUCUUCUCAUCCGGCUUCUACUUUGUGCUGGGUGUGGAGGCGGCGCGUGUGCUAGGCCACGUCAAGAAGGACAAGUCGGGCUCGGAGCAGAUCCUCACAUGGCUAUACUCCUCGCUCGUGGGCAAGAUCGUGGUGUGCGUGCUGGGCUGCCUGUUCUUUGUCGUGUCGAUCGUGUACCUGGUCUACAUCGUCAAGCCCGACAAGUUCAAGAAGGAGCUGUCCACCGAGCGCAUGACCAAGGGCAUGUAUUUCACCGCGCUUGGCUUUGCAAGGAUCGGCGCCAUUGGCCGCUCGAUGUUCUUUGCCGCUUUUGGCGCCUGUCUCAUCCAGGCCGUGGCCAAGAUCAACAAGGGCGAGGAGGGCGACCCCUCGCUGCUCGGCUUCGAAGGUGUGUUCCGUGCCAUCGCCAAGUUCAACUCGACUCUGCUCUUCAUCAUUGCUUCACUGGUCGUAGUAUAUUCAUUCUGGUGUCUGUGGCUGAUGUUCUUUAGACGUCUGCCCGCGCAUCACGAUCCCAAGUACGCACAAGAGGUUGUGGGCACAGAGAUCGAUCCCAAUCUGCGAUUCCAUGGCAUCAUUCUCAACAUUCCAAAGAAGACCGUGGUCGAUGAAGAGAACGACGCUGGAAACUUGGAUGAAGAUCAAGGAAACAUUGAGUUAACUUCAAGAACACCUUCGCCUACAUCUACGGCAGCAGGUGUAAGGCAACAACAGACACAACAAGACGCACUACCACAGGCAACAAUCACUUCGUAA